CCCGUCUUACACGUACGUAAGCUCAUAUGGAGACGUAUUGCGACAAACGACAAGUAUGGACUUCUAAAGUGACAACAUCGGACUGCCUUAGCACCUGUCGCCUCACAUCUUGAAAUGUACGAACCGAAUCCACCACAAAUGUGCAACGUUUCACAAAGCACCGAGAGAGAACAAGCCAAAUUGCAGAAAAUCAAAGAACUGACAAGCAUCUUAAAGGACACGGACAAGAAUCUUACCAUAUGCGAGGAAAUAUUGACGACUUAUGUCAAAAAACGAUUGAAGGAAAAAAGAGAAGAAAUACAAAGAAGAAACGAAUUAGAAAAUAAGAUGACCGAAAUACUGGAAAAUUUAAAAACACGAUUGUUAGUUGAAUAAGGCAAUUUUCAAAUGUGUAUCAAUAUUUAUGUAUAUCUUCACUUAUUAUUAUAUGACUUAUAUGCCUUAUGUCGAUGAUAUAUCAUUUACGUUAAUUGUUAUUAUAUUCUAUAU